AUGCCUGUCUUAGAAGCUCGUACCGGGUCUCUUGACCGACCACAGCAGCGCAAUCAACCAUCUCGUAAAGGCAAGAAGGCCUGGAGGAAAAAUGUCGACAUCUCUGAGGUAGAAAAGGGCUUAGUCGAACUGAACGAGGAGAUUAUCAGAGGUGGACCAAUUGCAGAAAGGGAUUCAACCGAGCUCUUCACCAUCGACACCGUCGGAGACCAUAACCUCAAAAAGCAACUGCCCAGGAAACUACGGACAACCCUCAAAGCAGACGAGAUUAUCGCCCAGAGGUCGAAAGUCCCCGCCGUCUCCUCUCGAAAACGGGCGUCCGAUAAGACUACGGACGGCUUGAUUCCCACGAAGCGUCUCCGAACGAAUUACGUCUCUCACAAGGAGCUUAGCAGGCUGAGGAAAGUGGCAGAUGGCCACCAUGACCAAACCGUCGUGGUCCAGGAUGCCACCUACGAUAUUUGGGGCUCCGCAUCUCCGGCCAAGACUGAUGGCGAAAAGUUUGCGUUCAUUCCUCCAGUUGUGAAGGCAAAGGUGCCUGGAUCACUCCGUGAGAAGCCCAUAUCCUUGGCAGCGAACGGGAGGGAAAUACCGGCCGUGCGCAAACCCACUGGAGGCUACAGCUACAAUCCUUCGUUCCCAGAAUACGAGAAGCGGCUCAAUGAAGAGGGCCAGAAGGCUGUUGACGCGGAGAUGAAACGCUUGGCUGCUAGAGAAGAGGAGAAACUAAAGCGAGAGGCUGCUGCUCGCUCAGCCGCGGAGGCAGAGGCAGCCGAAGCUAAGGCAGAGCUUUCAGAAUGGGAUGAAGAUUCGGAAUGGGAGGGCUUCCAGAGCGGUGCGGAGGACGCUAAACCCUCUAAGCGCCCUGAGAGGAAAACACAGGCCCAAAGAAACAAGAUCAAGAGAAGAAAGGAAGAAGAGAGGAAGAAGAAGAUGGAGACAGCAGCGAAACGUAAACAGGCUCAACUGAAUCUUGUGAAGAAAUUCACACGGGAGGCAACGGAGCAGGAGCAGGCCAUUGUGGCUAAAGCGCAAGAAAAUGAGAGUGAUAGCGAGGGAGACGAGGAGAGGCUAAGGCGGCGCCGAUUUGGCAAAUCGAAGGUGCCUGAGAAGGAAUUGGAGCUUGUGCUACCCGACGAACUUCAAGAUUCGCUGAGACUUUUACGGCCUGAGGGCAACCUCUUGAGAGACAGGUAUCGAAACCUGCUCGUCCGCGGAAAGCUAGAGUCUCGCAAGCACAUUCCAUUCAAGAAGCAGGCGAGGGGCAAGAUGACGGAGAAGUGGACAAACGACUCACGUCUCCUUCUGAUUCUGGCUCCCUCUACGGCUGAGGAUCUCGAGGCAGUCAAUGCUUAUCGGCUGUACGAAAUAGGUCAGGGGCCAGGCACAGUUGACUAUCUCGACACUGGCGCCUCCUGGCGAAAAACCGAGCCGAUCCUUUGCCGUUGCAUCGCUUCAUCGCUUCACGCGACCCCGACCUCGACCUCGACCUCGACCUCGAACGUUCUAUUGAUCUUUGUGGGAUUGAGAACCCAGCCUCCACCCACCCCCCUCGAGUACCUGCAUGACCCCGAGGCAACCCUCACCGUCCCGGUCCUUAUCGUGACCCGUCGUAGCUUGAGCCUCGGGGACUUGCAUAUACUCAGAAUCGAGAAACACAGUCGGCACAUCCUAAACCCACCUGUUGAUAUGGAUACGAGCAGAGAGGCCGGUGUGCAUGCUUCCAUAAAGAAGCGGGUGCAUUACUCUCCUCCAUGGGCCGAUGUUAGUAUCAUUGGUAUCGCGGGGAGCUCUGGCUCCGGAAAGUCGACAUUAUCCCAUGCCAUUGUGAAGCAGCUGAACCUGCCCUGGGUUGUUAUCUUGUCGAUGGACUCAUUUUACAAGUCACUAAAUGAAGAGCAAUCCAAGAAGGCGUUUGCGUCCGAGUACGAUUUCGAUUCGCCCGAGGCACUUGAUUUCGAUGUCUUAGUGAAAGCGCUGCGUGAUCUCAAGGCAGGUAAGAGGGCCGAAAUCCCUAUUUACUCAUUUGCCAAACAUCAACGUAUGGCGGAAACGACAUCGAUCUACUCGCCCCAUGUCUUGGUCCUAGAGGGUAUAUUUGCCUUGUACGACCCCCGAGUUCUGGAGUUGCUCGACAUGAGGAUCUUCUGCGAGGCAGACCUGGAUACUUGCCUCUCGAGACGAAUAUUACGCGACGUAAGGGAACGAGGCAGAGACGUAGAAGGCUGCAUUAAGCAGUGGUUUGCGUUUGUCAAGCCCAACUUUGAAAAGUACGUUGAGCCGCAGCGGAAAUCAGCAGGCAUGGUUGUACAAUACAUUGAGAGAAAACUGCUUGAGAAAUCGACACACCAUCGCGCCGCUCUUUACGAGUUGGAAAUUGGAUCCAAAAGCCAGCCGCUCUCCAAGAAGGUAUCCAUCCUGGAGGGUACUCCUCAAGGAAGGGGCAUGAACACGAUUAUCAGGGACAUCGACACGUCGCCAGAGGAUUUUAUUUUCUACUUUGACAGGCUGGCUUGCCUUUUGAUCGAGUUGGCCCUCAACAAUGUGCGAUUCAAGGAGCUGGUCGUCGAGACGCCGGCGGGAUAUACGUAUCGCGGUCUUGAGGCCAAAGGCGAAGUGAGCGCCGUAGCCGUGCUGCGCGGGGGCGCCGCAUUUGAGACGGCAUUGAAGAGGGUCAUCCCCGACUGCAAGAUGGGCCGGAUGUUGAUCCAAUCCAACGUGAGGACCGGCGAACCGGAGCUCCAUUUUUUGAAAUUACCCGAAGAUAUCAGCACGCACGAGAGUGUGUUGCUGCUGGAUGCGCAGAUGUCAAGCGGAGGGUCGGCCCUGAUGGCCGUACAGGUUUUGCUUGACCAUGGGGUUGAGCAGGAGAAGAUUGUGCUCGUCACCUAUAGUGCCGGUCGGAUGGGCCUUCACCGCUUGACCAUGGUGUUUCCGGAAAUCUCGGUGGUGCUGUGCAGCGUGGUGCCGGAUAUCGAGGAACGGUGGGUUGAAAAACGAUAUUUCCGCUGUUGA